GCAAAGAAAACUACUAGAUUCAAAUGUGGUGACGUAACUAAAGCAAUAAAUGCGGAAAAACUUAUUGAUUACGAUGCCUUAAAAACAUGUUUUAAAAGCAUUCCUUUUAAUGCUACAAAUGCUGCCCAAAUAAUUGAUUCUGCGUCACACAUCUUGUCGAAUUAUUAUGUUUUCCUUGACCAGGCAAAUAAAAAUCCACCUAAUGGAUUUACUUAUCAACCUAUAGAUAUAAUAGGUGAAUUAAAAUCAUUGCGUAAAACAAAAUUCAAAUCUGAUUAUGACUUUAAGAUAGCUUUAAGAACUCUUAUUUUCAAAUUAAAAGAUGGUCAUACAAGAUUUUCAAGUAUAUGUUAUCAGAAUUUUCAUUAUGAACAAAACUUAAGUUUAUUUUCUGUGAUUACGACUGAUAAAAAGAAAAGACAGAAACAG